AUGUCUGCUAUCGAAUACAAUAAUUUGCUUUUCAAUACAAUCCAGAGACUGAGGGAGUUGAAUGUUGGAGAACAGUUACGCUUUAUGUGCAGAGGAAAGUUGGUGCCUCGCAACGAACAAAACGCAGAUGUCUUCCCGAUGUUCGAAGAACUGGAACAGAAUGGAUUUUUAGGUCCUGACAAAUUGGACGUUUUGAAAGACAUAUUGAAAGGCCUGAAAGAAUGGCCGCUUUUUGGUAGAGUUAAGGCGUUUGAGAUUAAAAGAAAGGAGUAUAGCAGCUUAUUGGAAAGAAUCAUUCUUGUUUUGGACGAGCUCGAAUGUUUGGAAGAACUGUCCGCCAUUUUCAGUGAUCGAAUACCGGAAGAAAAGCAUGGCAGCAUACAAGACGUUAGAUCACUUUUUCAGGAACUGGAAAACAAUGACUCUUUAGGAACUGACCAUUUUGAGGUCCUGAAGAAGAUUUUAACCCAAAAGAAGCAAACUGAGCUACUUCGGGAAGUGGAGGAGUUUGAAGAAGGAAAAAAUCAAGAGGAAGAAUUUGAAUGGCGAAAAGGUAGCUUCAAUUUCCACUUAAUGUGACCUCUUACGUUCCUUGAUCUCCAACGGUUUUACCUUACGAUUUAUUAUUUUUUAAAAAUUAUAUAAUGGCAACGCAGGCCCCUUUGCUUGUAUCUAAGUGAAUGUAUGACUGAUUUAAUACUAAAUCACGCUUAUUUUUCUUCAGCACAAGCAGCUGCGAUUGCGUCGUCCGCCAGCAGCAAUUUAGCUGGAGGUAAGUUUCGACUGUAG